CAGCAUGGUGGAGGGGCCCUGAGGUGGUCAGUCGUCGACACUCACCACCAUCGAGGAGGCGUGUCGCGCCCUCACCCGGAGCCCCUCGCCUACCCGCCCUCACCCGGCACACACUCACACGCCCACCAUCGCGCCCCUCCUGCGUGUAUGUUCCCGGUGAGCAGUAGUUAACUUGAUCCGUGUACUGUACGUGUAUAGUUACUGGUGGUGAUACAAGAGGCAGGAGGUGAGUGAUGUGUGUCGCGAGAAAACACGGGCAGGAAGGGACCUUAUCCGGCCAAACUUGACCAACAGUAAACAUCAGAGUGCAUGGCUGAAGAAAAACACAACAAUAUUACCAGAUAAAGAAUAAAAUCAAGUACAUCAAUUGUUACAGAUAUUUUCCCCGAGUAUCUUACACUAGCAGGGCACUGUACACAACACGUCACAGAGGUGCCAAACAUGUGAGAGGAAAAAGAACGGAUAAGGAGUGACACACAAUUGGAAGACUAGCAGUAGUGGCUAAUGUUAAAGUGAGGAGAGAGAAGGAGAGUGAGGAGAGAGGAGGAGAGUGAGGACCUCCACUUGGCGACGCUUGCGGCUCACUGGUCAAUAUGACCCCUACUUACUACCUGUUGGUGGCGGCGUGGGCGUGCGUGGGCGUGGUGAGGGCGGAGGAGUGUCUCUCCUGUAUCUCCGCACCCUGCAGGAAGGUGACGGGACUCUUCACUCGGCCAACACUCCCCGUCGGGUACAACCUGAUCGCCCGGGUCCCACCACAAGCCUGUAACCUUACCGUCACAGAGCUCAGUGCCUCCUCCAACUACCUGGCGGUGAGGACUGACCACGGGUACAUCAUCAACGGGAACUGGGCGGUAGUUCCCCCAGGCAGGUACAUGGGCGCGGGCACUGGGUUCUACUAUACACGCCCACGCACGCCCGUCCAGGCAGGCGAGAUGAUACAGGCUCCGGGCCCACUGUCUAUGUCUAUAGAUAUAAUGAUUAUCUAUCAGUCCACCAACCAGGGCGUCAGAUACGAGUACUGGCAUCCUAUGGGCCCUCCCAACCCGCCGCCUCACGCCCAUAGUCAGGGGCGUGGGCGUGGUCGUGGGGCGGGCCACCAGCACCGGGGACAGUCCUCCCUCCAAAACGUGCUGCCGGCGUACCUGGCUUCUUCAUACAGCGAGGGCGGCGGUGCGGCGGGGGCGGGACCGGGGGACUACGCCGCCACCCUCGACAACCGCCUGGGUCUACCACCCGCCACCCAAGGCGUCACCGGCCAAGUGGUUGACAACAGUGUGGGUGGCGCGGGGCUCCAGGCCGCCCCAGACGGCGCUAGAUCCACCACGCCCACCUGGAAGGUGUGGAAAUUCACGCCGUGUUCGCGCACCUGUGGCGGAGGACAGCAACAGACGGUGUACAUCUGCACGGGACAGGGCGGCACCAUCAUGCAGGAGGAGAUGUGCCAGGCGCCCAAGCCGCCCCCACAGACGGUGCACUGUAACCCACGCCCCUGUCCGCCCUCGUGGCAGCUGGGAGAGUGGUCGCAGUGUUCAGCCUCCUGCGGCACCGGGCUCAUGACCAGGACGUGGGCGUGUGUGCAGGAGGUCACGCCCACUCUUGUUCGUGCUGUUCCGCCCUCCACCUGCCCCUCACCCUCAAGAUCCACUAUGGUCCCCCUCACACAGCCCUGUACUCUGGCGCCUUGUUCACGAUGGGAAGUCACCGCCUGGACGCAGUGCUCGGUGGAGUGUGGCACGGGAGUGAAGACCCGGCUGGUCACCUGUCGGACUGAGGGGCGCCGUGUGUCUGACGACCAGUGUAACGUACAGGAAAAGCCGCCCAAGCAGGAGCUGUGUCACGCCCACACCUGCGCCCAUCACACCUGGUUCUACACUGACUGGUCAGAGGAGUGUGUGGGUGGGUGUGAGGGCGGGGUACAGAGGCGGCGGGUGUGGUGCUCGCCAGGGAUCAACUCAGUGGAGGGAGAAUGUGACCAGCAAGAGCGACCACCAGAGACUCGGCCGUGUCCUCGAGCUGACGCCUGUGCCGCCGCCUGGUUCACCGGCCCCUGGACCCCGUGUUCUGAGGAGUGUGGUAACGGCACAAGCAGCAGAGAGGUAGUGUGUGUGGUGUUCCUGCGCGGCACCUUCAGAGCAACGCUAGACAUAGAAUGUAACGCUGACCUCCGCCCUAACAACACCCAGCCCUGCAACCCUGACCCCUGCCCUCCACACUGGUACUACACCGACUGGUCCCAGUGUUCGCGUACUUGUGGUCGGGGGAGCCGCACACGAUCUGUCCAGUGCCUCGACCACCAUCAGCAGCCGUCCACCCGCUGUAACCUGGCUGAGAAACCGCCCACCACCCGCAACUGUGUAGAGCAACCUUGUAACGCCCCCAGUGACAGGAAUUGUGUAGAUCGCUUCAAGAACUGUGUGCUGGUGCAGCAGGCCCGACUCUGCCGCUACUCCUACUACCGCACGGUCUGCUGUGCCUCCUGCUUCCAGCAGUACUGAAACGCUUCAGCAUAUCAUCCUCAGCAGUUGCUCCUCCACACACACUCCUUUUUGCAUCCCAUAUCCUCUUGACUCAUUUUAAUCACUUAAAAACAUUUUAAAUCUUGUGGUCAAGUCUUAACAUUCUCUCAUCCGACACUUAUCUUUGUCCUCUUUGUUUAAGAUCUUUCUAGGAAUUUGUUUUUUUUAUAUUGCUAAAAUGUUCUGGUACUUCCUCAGUUCUUUGUUGUACUUCAUGCAUUAACUGUAAUUAAAUAUUUUUAACACCAAUUUAGUAUAAAAAAUAAAUUCUCUA